CCAAAAACCGUUUGGGUGUUCGACACGGGGUAAGUCAGACAAGCGGCGAGUUGCUCGACAAAAAUCGGUUGGCUCGGCCUCUGUCUGGAACGCGUGAGAAAGGCCAACAAAGAGGACCCUUGAUAUCUUCGCUCGCGUUGUCUAAAGAAGGCAGCCGUUUGAAAGCGCGCCUUGAUGACAGAAGCUGAUCCAGGGACAGUGAAGACGACGCAGACUUGGGCAACGACGUAAGGAACAAGAUCAAGGAGAGGACGGUGGAAAAAUUGCAGUGAGAAAAUUGGCAAAGUUGCUCUUCUGAUUAGUUCAACCUGAGACCAAGAGAAAGACACAAGUAGGGAUCGCGGUGGUAUGAAUAGUUGGUGUGAUGAUCACCUAGACAACUAACGCAUGUGAAAGUGAAUUCGUAACAUUGGACAAUGAAGACAUCUACCCAAUUGUGUUCCAACAUGAAAAUGUUGAUCCUGCUAGCCAGUACCUUACCAUUGGUAUUGGCCAGAGCUCCGCUGUCUCUCAGAUUAGGGAGUGUCUUUCUGGCCGGAGACUCGAGGAUGCACGAGUCCUUCCGACAAACGGUCCGAGCUAUCAAUGACAAUCCAAAUUUGCUGAAUACCACCCGAGUGGACACAGACCUUCAGUACGCCAAGGCCGAUCGUUAUGACGCUUAUCAAAGGAUUUGCACAGAAGUCCAGUAUAGCGUGAUGGCGGUUUUCGGGAGCUCAGAUCGGGAGGUCGAUACGAGUGUGGCCUCGGUUUGUUCGGCACUUCACAUUCCCUAUUUGACCACUGGAACUUCGUUCGCAUUGGAGGACAACAUUGGGAAAUACACGGUGCAAAUGGGCCCACAAGCGACCCAUUUGGUUCAAGCUGUCCAUUCACUUGUGGUUACAUUGGGCUGGAAGGAUAUGGCCUUUAUCGUUCACCGGAAAACGGGAUCCCUGGAUCCGAGCCUUCUAAUUGAGCAACUCCAAGUGAGCGGUGUGAAUGUCCAUGUCUUGGAAUUGGUUCGAGAAGACAUCCGACCCGAUCUGGUCCUGCUACGACAACGAGGCAUCGAGCGAUUUGUGGUCGACUUGACCUCGAGCCUCUUGGAGACCUUUUUCGAUCAGGCCAUGAAAUCCGGCAUUGUCCACACGAGCGCUUCGUUCAUCUUGGCGGAUCUGGAUUUCAUGUCGGUGAGUCUGAACUCUGUGACUCAGACGGGAGCCAAUGUCCUGGGGUUCUCUCUUGUGGAUCAAAAUCGACUGCGUGAAGCCAUGGCCAGUGGGAAGAUUUCGAAUGAUUUGGGCGGUCUCUUGUUGGAGACGUACAAGGCAGCAUUAAUGUACGACGCUGUUCACAUGUUUGCGAAUGCCGUCGAGUACGUGGCGCAAGCUGAGGAUAUCGUGAGUCCCAGAGUCAAAUGCAACGACCCAGAUGCCCCAUACGAGUUGGGUCCCAAAUUUAUCGAGGCAUUGGAGGCGGUCAGUUUUGAUGGCUUUUCGUCCCACCCCGGAACUCCCAUAACUCUGAAACCCAGUGGCCCUAAAGAAGGUUUGGUUCGGACGGAAAUCUCGAUGGAUGUGGUUCGCUUGCUCGAAAGCUCUGGGGCACGUGUUACGAUCGGAGAAUGGAAUUGGAGCCAGCCAAGUGGAAGUCAAAUACUGGUGAAUCCCAAGGACCUUGAGAAAUUGCAGAAUCGCCAUCCUCAAGUGGCCAUGAGACAGAAGAACCAGAAAUUGAAGGACCUCGUCAUUCAAGCACACGAGGAUUCGGAUUUUCCUCUGUUGAAUGUUCGCCGUGAUGUGAAGGGCAACGUGCUUGGAUUUGAGGGUUUACUGAUCGACUUGAUCAACAAACUGGCCAAGGAUCUCAACUUCAAUUACACCCUCAGGUUUAGUUCUGAACUUGGGCGAAAACGAAACGGAAAUUGGACUGGUCUGAUCAAGAAGCUAACUGAUCGGGAGGCCGAUGUUGGUUUAGCGGCACUACCACAAGCCAGGAAGUACAGCCCAGCCAUCGCAUUCUCACCACCAAUUGCCACUUCGCACUUGACGCUCAUGAUUCAGCGUCCAGACCGAACUCAUCGAUCCCAGGUCUCAGAAGAGCCCUCAAUCUCCACUCGACGAACCUUGGUCUCCUUCUUGGACCCGUUUCCAGCAUCCUUGUGGUUGAGCAUUGUGGUGGCAUUUAUUAUCACGUCCCUUUUGCUCUUCCUGGUGGGUCGAAUAUCACCUUACGAGAGACGUGCGAGCCAGGAUUCCUCUUGCUUUGGCGAUGGACUCGGUCUGUGUAGCUCCUUCUGGUUCACUUUGACGGGAUUCUUUCUUCGUGGUACCACCGUUCAGCCUAAGAGCAUUUCAGCACGUUUCCUUUCUGCAAUUUGGUGGAUAUUCUGUUUGUGCAUCCUGAUCCUGUACAUCACCAGUUUCUACAGUCGCUUCUUUGGACGUCAAUCCGAAACGCCCACGACAAACAAGGGCGGAUCCUUCACCGGCAAUAACUACCAACCCUCGCUUGACCGAGUGCUUCGCGGUAACCCGGAUUUCAAGGUCGGAGCGGAGCCAGAAAUACGGAAAAUCUUGGAGAUGUCGAAUGACCCGUUGCAUCAACGUCUGCGCCAGCAUCUUGACCCUGAUCUGGAAUUUGACAACCCCUUAGAGGCCUCCCGAGCCGUUGUCAAGACGCCCAAUCUAGGAUUUAUCGUCGAGAGCGUUCAGGCAGAUAUCCUCUUGAAAGAAAACUGCCAUCUGACCACAGUGGGAGAUCUGGGACAGAAAUUUUACGGGAUCGCCUUUCCGUUAGAAUCGUCGCUAAAUACGGUGCUCUCCGAGCAAAUCUUGAAGUACGCAGAGGAUGGAACAUUGGUCUCUCUGCAAUCCAAAUGGUUAGUAGACAUGGAACAAACGUGUGAGGCCAAGUUCGGGACAGGACAAUUUGACCAGCAAUACCAGACGACCCCGCCCUACCAAGUCAUUACAAACAACUCGUGGAGCAACGACGGUGAAUACUUAACAUGUGGACAAGUUGAGGGUCCAUUCCUGAUGCUGUUGAUUUGUGGCAUCCUCUCCGUUUUAAUAGCCAUAGCCGAGUUGAUAAUUUUCUCCCUGAUCUCAUCGCGACAACGGCGACUAGCUUGUCCUCCCAGUUCUCCCAUUCACAACGGCUCCCUUUCCCAUCAUCACCAUUAUUCACAGUCACCUGGAUCUAUCCUGAAAGAGGAAAUCCGGAGUAUGUUCCAAUGUGCCCAGCCAGCGACACUUUCUUCAAGCCUGAAUUCAUCCAACAAUGGUCACCAUGGCAACUAUCGAAUUAACGGGAGCGGAGAAGUGCCCUCUCCAAAUGGAAGCCCUUUCAAGAACAAUAGUAGCUCUUAUUUUCAACAAACGCAAGCACUGUUGAGGAAAGACAAUUCCAGUCCAGAAGAUGCCAAUUCUCAAUUGUGAUCUGGCUUUCAUUUCGUUUCUGCUCAGUCACUAGUGGGUUGAAAAAUGUCCUUCCAAGCGUGGCCCCCGUUGUUCUCUCGUGGCUUGUCCAAAUGAGACAGGAAGCUCAUGUUUGUCAAAGGCUCCAUUUGUCGAGAAAUGAAUGACUUUUGUCCUCUUAUAUGUUCAUUCAUCGGGGUGGCAUGGCACAAGGUACAAUGUAUACACAACUGAUUUGGUAUCCCAACAUUCCUGAUUCCCAAAGGAGCCUUCCCUGCUAUGGCAUCCACUGCUACACUUGCGUCCAAAGCUUUUGACUCGAGCGUUGCCCUUGAGUCACGACUGAGGUUCCAACCUAGUUUUCAACUAGUAGAAGCUCUGUUUGUGUACUUGAUAUCAAAUUAAAUUUGAUUGAUUUCCCUAGUCUCUAAAGUGACCCCUCUCUUUUAUGCUUUGCUUAUCUAUCGCCUUUCGUUCCUAGCCUUUGUAUCAUGAUCUUGCUGUACAAAUCAACGUUAUUUGGGAGCUGAAUUGGCGUGCUUCCUCUCUUCCUAGCCUUUCAAUUCUAGCAGAGCAACGAAUUCCUUUUGGGUAUAAACCCAUCCCUUUGACUCUUGAUGUACAAUUGUCAAUAAUGUAUACCAAAUUCUUUAUGUCUCUGACGUCAAACGUGUAUGAUGUUGGUUGUGAUCUCAGGAAAGUGAAUAAAAUUCAUAAACUAA